GUUGCCAGCCAUGAAUCUGAAGACAAGUUUAAAUCUUUCUUUUGCACUUAGUAAAAGAAAAUUGCAUCUUUGUGCUUCAGGUGGCACAAAAACUUAACUCAUUUUCAGAUUUUUAUUUUUUUUUUUAAAAGAAUGGAAGGAAUAAUUUGGGGAGGGGGUUGUAGCAUUAGGAAGGUUCAACAGCAACUGAUGGUCAUUAAAAUUUGUGCUCAAACUGUCUGCAUUAUUAGUCUUGGAUCUUAGAGUUUUGAAGCAGAGACUUUCCAUAGUAUUUCUUUAAUUAUUGAUUGGUUUGUGCCUCAGUUGCCUGACAGAGGCAUGUGGCAUCCUGUACUACGAAUUACUUUGCAACUGGAGAGAAGGUCUCUUAGGGACCUCUACUAUUUCUUCAGCUGUUGGUGGGGAAGAAAGGGAUGGAUAUUGUUGAUGUGCUUCAAAGUAGUACUGCCCCACAGGAUGCCACGCUUUGCGAGGACCAAUCGAGGGACUCUGAAGGUUCCUCCAAACUUGAAGAUUCCACUGGAGCAACUGUAGCAGAGACCUUUUUUAAGCCUGUCACGCAGCCUACAAAGGUCUUGAAAGAUAUCACAGGCCAAGAAGUCUUCAUGAAGAAGCCGGGCGCUCCCUCUUCCCUGCCCGUGAGCGAUGAGGAACUUCAGGAGAACCAGAUGCUGUUUGUGAAGCGGAAGAAGAGAAUGCUGAUGAGCAACACCAGCUUCUUUGCAGGUUGUACCCCCAUUAAAGAGGCCUGACUGAGGAGCCCAGGAGAUGCCCUGUGCCUGAGUGGUGCUGUGCUUCUUUCGACCGCCUCGCUGGUGACUUUUUAACAUGUUGAGGUCUCUCGCUGAGGCAAAGACCUGAUGACUCUCAAGCCUGACAGCUUCUGGCACCAGCAAGGAAGUCAAACACUAGUUCUUGCUAGAUUGUCUGAUUUAUUGUAAAAAUUUGUAUGUGUGGGUCCUCAGCCCCGAGAGUAAGAAACUAUUUCCUCUGGUAUGUCUGCUUUUUAUCCGCGUUUCUCAUUCCAGCUGCCUUCCUCCUCCUCCUGAGCUGUGAACCUCUUGGGUACAGUUUAAUGCAUAAUCUUGAAAGAACUUUGUAUUUGCACUGGAAAUCUGGGCACUGUCCAGUCCCAUACAGCAUCAGCUGCCCUGUGAGAUCCACUGGUGCCUGAUCUUGAGGAGGCCCUGGAUGUAGUCUUAACUGAACUACCAGAUAUGAAAUGGUUGUUGUUUCUCUAUCACUGUUGAAUGAAGUUCCAAAACUUUCUAGCCCUAUUGUGAAUGUCGUAGUAAUUUUAUAUGAUUUAAUAAACUAGUUUGCAAAAACCCCCAA